AACCCAGACGAAGCUCUGGAGAAACUCUCCCCACAAAAACUGGACAAGACCUCCCUGGAGGAGGACAACCCAGGAGCUGUUGGCCUCAAACGAGAUGUCGGGCUGUUCUCUGGUAUAGCUUUGAUCAUUGGCACCAUGAUAGGUUCCGGAAUCUUCAUCAGCCCCAAAGGAAUGAUUGAGGGAUGUGGCUCUGUGGGGCUGACAUUGAUUCUCUGGUGCUUGUGCGGGCUGCUCACCACAAUGGGUGCCUUGGUGUAUGCUGAGCUGGGUACAAUGGUCCCCGAGUCAGGAGGCGAGCACGCCUAUCUGAUGUACACGUUCAACAAAAACCGUGACCGCCGCAACAUUUACAAGGGUUCCAGCUGUAGGGGCUCCCGUUCCUUUUCCCGGGUGCCAGCAUUUUUGUACGACUGGGUGGCCCUGUUCAUCAUCCGCCCGACCAUGUUUGCCAUCAUGGCUAUGGCUCUGGGCACGUACGCAGUGAAGCCGUUCUACCCGGACUGCGACCCUCCUGCCAUUGUGGUGAAGCUAGUGACUGCGGUGGCUAUGUGCAUCAUUGCUUUCAUCAACAGUUACUCAGUCAAAGCCGCCACCAUGGUGCAGAAUGUCACCACCUUCACUAAACUCAUCGCCUUGGCCAUUAUCAGCAUUGGAGGCAUUGUUAUGCUUUUCAAAGGUAACACAGAACAUGUUUCCGAGGGGUUUCAGGACACAAACAAUGACCCCCAGAAAGUUGCCAUUGCCUUCUACAAUGGGCUGUGGGCAUUUGAUGGCUGGAACAGCCUAAACUUCAUUACAGAAGAGCUGAAGAACCCCACACAGAACCUUCCCCGGGCGAUCAUGAUCGGCAUCCCGCUGACAACCGUUUGCUACGUUCUGGCAAACAUCGGCUACCUGGCUGUCAUGUCCAAAGAGGAGAUUAUGAUUUCCCACGCUGUGGCCGUGACAUGGGGUGACCGCAUGCUUGGUGUCAUGUCGUGGCUGAUACCAUGCUUUGUUGUAGCUUCAACGUUUGGCUCAUCUAAUGGCUGCCUCUUCUCUUCUGGAAGGUUAAGUUUUUCUGCCGGACGCGAUGGCCACUUCCCCAAGUUUCUGUCAUUUCUACAAAUUGACAGAAACACACCUAUGCCAGCUGUCUUAUUUACGCUAAGCCUGUCGUUAUGCCUCAUCAUUCCUGGCGACUUGAGCACGCUGAUUGAUUUCUUCAGCUUUGCCUCCUGGCUCUUCUACGGCAUCACCACGGCCGCGUUGUUGGUGCUGCGAGUCACUGAACCUAACACUCACAGACCCUACAAGGUUCCAUUGUUCAUUCCUAUCGUCGUACUGCUGGCUUCUAUCUACCUGGUGAUCGCUCCUAUCCUCCAGAACCCGGGUGUGCAGUUUGUCUACGCCGUCAUAUUUAUCAGCUGCGGUUUUGUGGUCUACGUACCUUUCAUAUACAUGGGCAUUCACUUCAAGUUUAUGGAUACGGUGACCAUCAUUAUCCAGAAACUUCUACGAGUGGCACCAACAGGUUCCUGA